AUGCCUGUGUGUAUCAUUUACUCAAAAACCUUAGCAGCAGAUAGAAUGAAACCUAAUAAACUGAAACGACAUUUGGAAAUGCUUCAUAGUGAGUACGUUAACAACCCCGAGAAUUCUUUUAUUUCAUAUGAAAUAGCCAGAUGUAAGAAGCCUCACACUAUUGGUGAAGAGCUUUUGUCAGCUGCAAUUAAAACUGUAGAAACUAUUUUAUUGCCGAAGAAAUUGGAGUCCAUACCUCAAUCAAAUGAUACGGUUGCCCGUCGAAUUGGUGCUAUAACUGAAGAUGUACAGCAUCAGCUGCUCGUUAAGUUGCGAGACAAGUUGUUUUCAAUUCAGCUUGACGAGGCAACGAAAAGCAAUAAAGAUGCUCAUCUUAUUGCCUACGUUCCAAUUCGCGAUGGUAUAUCAGUAGUAAAAGAACUACUUUUCUGCAAACCUAUAGAUCGCGAAGCAACAGCUCUCGCAUUAUUUGCUAACUUCAAUGAUUAUAUAAUCGAGGCAAACAUAGAGUGGAAGAGUGGAAUAUGCACCGAUGGGGCUCGUUCAAUGUCUGGAAGAUUUGAAAGUAUACUAACCUUUGUAAAACAAAAAUCUGCACUGUGCAUCUGGACACAUUGCAUGAUUCACAGAGAAGCUCUUGCUUUCCAAAGAAAUGUCUCCUGGCCUGAAUAUUGUGCUAACUACGGUUGUAACAAAGAAGAAAACCGACCGGAAGCCGAGAUGUUUCGACAUGGUUUAUUUCUGAUGAAAUUGGUCGACAUAUUCGAGAAACUAAAUAUCUUCAACUUUCAGCUCCAAGGGGCAAAUACAAAUAUAUUGGAUACGAGUGAUAAACAAAAAAACCUGAAAAUUUUUUCCAAUGAGGAUGAAUGCAUUAAAACUCAAAAGGUUGAAGAACAACACAUGAAAUUUAUUUUCAUAACCACUGAAAAUCAUUUAGCGAUGCUGACAAAGAAUUUUAAAAAAUAUUUUCUUGCUGACGACAAAUUAAUACUUAAUUACGAGUGGGAUGAGAAUCCGUUUCUAAUUACUCUGGCUCUUAACUGCCGAAGAAGAAAUAUUUAUCGACUUGACGGCAAACGCCGAAAUCAAAAAACAGUUUAA